AUGCUGUUUUCUCUGCUCUUGAGUGCCUCACUGGCACAGGCAUCCCUGCACUCUCUAACUUUCUUCUGCGGAACCCCGGACCCCAGCGAUCAGCAAAUCGCCAAAUCGCUAGCAGGCAGAGACGUGAGCAGCGGGAGCAGCAUUCUCGCAGCCAACAUUUCCGUUCCGGUUUAUCUCCAUUCAAUUGCCCCCAAUGAAACGGCUCUCUUGAGUCAAGCCACCCUCGAAGCGCAAUUCCAAGUCCUUCACGACACCUUCAGCAAAUACGGCAUCACAAUGACCCUAAGCGGCACCUCGCGCACAGUAAACGCAAGCUGGUCAACAGUCACAAACCCAACCGACGAACUCGCCAUGAAAUCCGCGCUCCGCAAAGGCACCUACCAAGCCCUCAACAUCUACGUGCAAGCCAUCCACCCGACCCUGGGCCGCUGCUUCUACCCGGAAGCCGACGCCUUCCCCGGGUCCGAGACGUUCAUCCUGGACGGGUGCCAGAUCGACGCCAAUACGGUCCCCGGCGCGGACUCGCCUACGGGGAACGACCGCGGGUACAUGGCGGUCCACGAGGUCGGACACUGGUUCGGGCUGCCCCAUACUUUCCAGGGAGGGUGUACGGGGACGGAUUUUGUGGAGGACACGCCUGCGCAGGCGACGCCGUCUUGGAAUUGUACGGUUGGGCAGGAUACGUGUCCCGGUUUGCCGGGCGUGGAUCCUCUUUACAACUUUAUGAACUAUCAAGCAGAUAACUGUUGGAACGAGUUCACGCCUGGACAAGUGCAGCGAAUGCAUGAGCAGUGGGCAACGUUUAGGGCGAACAGCACAGUCUCAAAGUGA